AUGAGGAUCCAUGUGAAUCUUCCGGUCGCGCUCGCAGCGGCGCGCAGCAAUGUCGCUUCCACCUCGAUACGCUCGCUCGCACCGCCGCCGCUCACCGCGCUCGCUCCCGACGGCGAACUGCUCUUGAUCGAACUCCAAGGAUCGCUCGAGAUCGAAAACCAAUCGCCAACAGGCGGCCAAGUUUUGGGAACCAUCAGCUUUGAGCCAACACGGCCUGACCGACCUAUCCUCAUGAUCUCGCACCAUCGACUUGAGGGCAAGUUUGUCAACCUCGUCAAACCGCUCGCUGUAUUGGAGAAAAAAGUUCGCAAAGACCCAGCACAUGCCCAACACGACGUACUGGUGGAGCUUGCCAACGGUAAGCGAUCAGCACAGCAAGCGUCACCGAUCACGCCCAAAAGAGCAAGGUGCGAGCAAGAUAAUGCUACGCCUUGGUCGCCACCGCUCGCACCGCCAUUGUCGCCGAGACGCGGCAGGGAUGCCUUGGACUUCAGCUCCUCUCCACCGCGACACACCCCGAUCAGGCAAAAACCCGUCAAGCAGACAUUUGGACUGGAACACAUCGUCGAAAACACGGCCACACUCUUGGACAGUUCACAGGAACAACAUCCAAAGCCAUCCAAAGUUCAAGACCACGACGAUGACGAUGGCAAUAAAGACAAUGAUGACGAUGAUGACGAGUAUGAUGAUGACGCGGAACCGCAAACUGCGGUAUACUACGACGUGGUCAACGUCAUCAAACGCAAGAUUCUCUUCUCCAAGCGUCCCGAACCAAUCGUCCGUCUCAAUCCGUCUUUCACUACAUAG